AUGCCGUCAAACGUACGUUCAGGGGUCUUGACUUUGCUCCAUACAGCAUGCGGUGCAGGUGUGCUAGCAAUGCCUUUUGCAUUCAAGCCAUUUGGGUUAAUGCCAGGUUUGAUAACGCUAACAUUCUGCGGAAUAUGUUCCUUAUGUGGGCUGCUAUUACAGACACGAAUAGCAAAGUAUGUACCUAAAUCGGAGAACGCUUCGUUUGCUAAGCUCACUCAACUAAUCAACCCAUCGCUAAGUAUAGUGUUCGACUUUGCCAUCGCUGUUAAAUGUUUUGGCGUUGGCGUAUCCUACUUAAUUAUUGUUGGUGACCUAGUACCACAGAUAGCGCAAUCAAUCUUUUAUCGCAAUGAUGAUAACAUUGAUUCUCAAGAGCGUCAUAUCUUCUUGGACAGGCGUUUAUAUAUAUCUCUGGUCAUGGUAUCGGUUAUUUCUCCUUUAUGCUUUAAAAGAAGCCUGAAUUCUCUACGAUAUGCUUCCAUGAUUGCCAUUAUUAGUGUUGCAUAUUUAUCUGGUUUGAUUAUUUACCAUUUUGUAAAUCGGCAUCAGCUAGAAAGAGGCCAGGUAUAUUUUAUGGUGCCCCACAGAGAUUCUCAGACUCAUUCUCCCCUGACUACCUUGCCAAUUUUUGUGUUUGCUUACACAUGUCAUCAUAAUAUGUUCAGUGUCAUUAAUGAGCAAGCGGAUAAGAGUUUCAAGGUGCUUAGAAGGAUUCCGAUUCUUGCCAUCGCGUUGGCCUACUUUCUAUACAUCAUUAUUGGUGGCACAGGUUAUAUGACUUUCGGUGAAAAUAUCGUAGGAAAUAUUCUCACUUUAUACCCGAACUCCAUCUCCACGACCAUCGGAAGAUUAGCAAUGCUGCUCUUAGUUAUGUUAGCAUUUCCAUUGCAAUGUCACCCUUGUAGAUCAUCGGUAAAAAACAUAAUUAUAUUCAUUGAAAAUUUUAGAAAAGGAAAGCUAUAUGAUAACAGGACCGGCUUUAUCCCAUUGGACGAUUUAAGUAAUGAAGAUCCACAGGAGGGAUUAACCCAACAAAACAACGAAGAGCCAAAUUUGCGUAUUGAAUCUUUACGGUACACCAAUAUUAUCACUCUUUGCAUCUUGUUAUUCUCGUAUAUAUUGGCCAUCUCAAUUACGUCUUUAGCUAAAGUCCUAGCAAUUGUUGGUGCCACGGGAUCUACAUCGAUUUCUUUCAUUUUACCAGGUCUUUUUGGCUACAAGUUAAUUGGUUCAGAAUUUACCGACAGGAAUGAAAGAGUGCCGUUUAGCAUAAAAAUAUUCAAAUACUUAGGUCUAUUUCUAUUCAUUUGGGGUAUAGCGGUAAUGGUAGCUUCACUAUCGGCGACUGUAUUUUUAGGCACAUCGUCACAUUAA